CGAAGCAUGCGCCUCGACUCGCAAUCCAAGCCCGCCCCCGCCCUGCUGGCCGCCGCCGCGGCUAGCCUGCCCGUCCUCCUCUGCCGCGCCCAGGGCAUCAGCGAGAGCUGCACCCUAGCCGGCGCCAUCUUCGCCCAGGACAAGUUCCUCGGUGCCUACUGCACCAACGACAGGAAGGAGAUACAUGGCUACGAUUGGACCUGGAUCGACCUUGACUGGUGCAUUAGAAACGACCAGGGAGUCCUCAAGUUCACCGAGAAUGGUCGCUUCUCCGGCUCCUGCUCGCGGUGCGAGUUUGACCUCAGGUCAUCCCGCGGGUCUUUCAGCUGCCGGUGCGUCGACGGGUCGGGAAAGCUCCGCGAGAGAACCUACAAGCAGCACAAACGCUGACACUUGCCCUCUUCCCUUCUUGCCUCGACUUGUUCAAACCCGCAACAGACUCGCAGCUUUGGAACCGAAACGGAUCUCUGGGCUGCUACGAUCGCAGCGGCAAUAAAACCAGGGCGGGUCCUCAAUGCAAAAGUUGCACACAAUAGCCAAGUCAUCGGUGUUUCGAGCCAGGAACGCCCCCAUGGAGGAUGCACAGAGCGCCAUCGUGGAAAGUCACUUGGAACUUGCAAUUGGUUGGGUGGCACCGUGGCUCAAUACCAGCCUGUCUUGUCUUUUCCCGAAAGCCAGUAUGCCUCGCUUUUCCCAUUCCUUCCCCUUUUGGUACCCG